ACUGGGAUUAGUCCACACCAAGCUACCGAGCACUGAACUGUACAGCCAUUCCGUCAGGCCAAGUUCUCUAAUUAUUACUUCCCCUAACUGAUCUUAGAGACUAGAGAAGAAGUGGUGUGUCGCUGUGGCUGCUUCCGGUAUAUAGGGAACUGGUAGCGCUUGGAGAGAGGCUAUGUCAACACAUUGGUAUAAUUUAGAGUUUGGCUACUAAGUGUGACACGUGGAGAUGUGUGUCAUACUAUCAUUCCUUCGGAGGCCAUGACUAAUCUUGCUGCUACAGUGAUUAGAUACGAAAUGCACGAAAUCAUUUCAGAGGGAAGAUACCAAUCAGUAGAAUUCAGUCUGACGUUAGGACUGAACCAUCAGGACACACACACAGUGCUCUAGCUAGUCGCAGGACACCCCCCAGGACCCCCUGGUGCUUCACAGGGUGACGCUACGACACCAGGUGAAGGAUACCUCCAGGACUAGGGAGGAUAAGGAUCAUGGUCACUGAACCAAGCUCGGCAGCCGUCAACAACAAAGACUGGUGCGCCAUCUGGAGUACAAUUGUGGUGUCCGGAGCCGUCGCCCUAAUUGGCUUGUCUUUCGUCGUCCGAAGCAUCGGCUCCGUUGGUCUGGUACUGGUGUUCAUUGGCGGAUUCUUAACUGUGGUGGCUGUGUGUGCUGCAGUGGGCAAGUGUACUCGGCAGAAAAACAAGGAUCCCCCUCAAAGCAACAAUCUGGACCGUCCUCCAUCAUACAGAAUCUCUUGGAGAAGGUCCUUCCUACGCCGCUACCGAUCCCAUGCAUCAAAUAAUGAACUAACAGAACUAACACUUGUUAACAAUGGAACUCAGGCCAAUGAAACUACCCCGCAAGACCGUAUCGCUCUCUACACUCAACCCAUUCUCAUCAACGCAACACAGCUCUCUUCCCUGCAAACCAUGUCCCACACCUCUCUAAAUAUGGACAACCAUAAUCCAACAUGUCCUGAGGACAUGUUUUCUCCAACUCUUACCACCAUUGGUACUACACGUCACACUGUAUCUCUCUCUAAUCUCUUGGAUCCACCUAGCUACGACGCCGCUUUGGCUAACAUGGAUGAACAUUCGAUCAGAAAGCUGAAAUCAGAGAUAUAUCUACCUACAUACAGCUCAACUGAACCUCUAAAGUGAUACAGUAUAAAAAAAUAUGCUUCGUCUCAAUUUAAAAAAUUUCCUCGAUUCUGUAUUUUGUUUGGUUUAUUUAUAAGGUGUGAAAAUACUUUAUUAAUAAUUGAAUAAGCAAAAUUUGGAAACAGAAAAAUCAAACUUAUAUUGUGAUAGCUCUUUUUCUUCAUAUAUCUGAAUUUUAAUGACCUGGAAAAGCCAUUAUGUAAUGAGCUACAUUUUAUUUUCUGCAAAUCUUACCAAAGAUAGUUUAACAUGGACAUAAUUGUACUUGCCCAAUGACUGAAUGAUCAGGCUAAGGUUGUGGAUCAUAUAGACAACACAAAGGCAACGAUUGAAAAAACUUACAAUAAGGUAAACUGUUUACCCGAUGACUGAAUACUCAGGCUAAAGUUGUAUACAGUACUGGUAUCGUACACAACAUGAAACAAUGAGUAAAAGCUCACAAUAAAGUUGACUGUUUGCCCAAUGAUUUAAUGCUUAUGCUAAAGUUGUGUAUUAUAUAUACAACAUGAAGGCAAUGAGAGAGAAAGUACCUAUGAUUAGGUGGACAAUAAGUUACCAAUAGGUUCUAGCAAUUCACUUGGUAGGAUAAUGAGUCUACUCGUUUCCAAGUAUUGAAACGUCUAUCAUCAACAGUUUUUUUCCUUUUAGUUUAAUAUUACAUGGUCACAAUUCUAGGUCAAUAAUAUAAAAACCAGCAUAGAAUGUAAUGAAAUGCCUCUUUCUGGUAGGAAGGCUCUGUGAAGCUAUCUCACUGAGAUAGCUCCCCACUACUGAGUCACAUCAAUCACUGUAGUUCUAUUUGGCUUACUGGAAACAAGAGCCAGAACUUGGCUCUCCCUCAUCCUUAGGUUCUGGCUUUGGUCUCCAGUGGGCCAAACAGGACUCAUGUUACUGAUGUGACCCAGCAGUGGUGAGCCAUCUCAAGAGAAAUGGCGUCAGGAAGCCACCAAGGGUGGUAGAAAUAAGGUCUUUAAAUUUAAGUGCUGAAUCACUAAAUAAGAUGUGGCACUUGGCCUUGAACCAAAAAACUUAUUAUGCUGACUCUGUCUUAGAGUGUUAUAGUACAGUAUAUAGAAUACAGUACUGUGUGUAAUGUACUGUCAUUCCUGGAAAUGGUUGGCAUCAAUCUGCUGCUGUAAAACAGCAGCGCAGUCUAUAUUACAGUCCCAAGUACAGUAUUGCAUUUUAUGGACUAGGUCCCCACCCCACCAAGUUUGCCCAGUCAGUGUGUAGGGACAAAGUAUUUAUAAGCCAAUUGUUUCAUGGGGAACAGAUUCAAAGGAGAGUGUAUACUACGUGUCUGAACUAUGUAACAACUUCAUUAGUUUGUGGAUCACCUUUAGGUCUCAAUAGUAAUGCAGAGAAAACAUCUACAUGAAAAUAACUACAGUACAUGACAAUACAGAAAAUAAUCUAUGUCUGAUCUAUACUGUAAAUUUAUUCAUGAUAAAAUGUUGAUAUAUACUCUACCUUUUUUACACAUUUAGACAAUUAUGUACAACUCUGGAGGGAAACCAAUCCUAACAAAUAUACAUACCAUAUUUUGUCAUUUUCUAACCAUAAUUAUGUACAGUGUAUAUAACAACAUUACUACCAAUGCACAUAUGACACAUUUUGCCAUCUAAUUCUGAAGGAAACUUAGUGAGAACCAAUUAUAGCGAACUAAACAAUUGUUAUACGAGACUUGCAAGUCUAUUUUGUAUAGCAAUGCAGCUACUUAAUAUUCAUGGUUAUUAAUUUAAAAGGCAUAAAAUAUGCCUUUAAAUUAUGGUAACAAAUGUAGAACUCAUUUCAUAUAUCCCGAUUGUUAUUUUUUUAAAUAAAAGUUACAAAUAUU